UUAAAAGAAGAGUUAAAAAUGUUUCGUUAUUACUAUUAUCAUAGGAACAUUCUCUCUGAUGAAAAUUCUUGCUGAAAACACCAUAUAACACCGUAAUAAUAAUAAUCGUAAUUUAUUUAUGAUGUAUAUAUUUAUGAAAGCUGAGUUCCUGUAGUAAUUUAUCGACAUAAAUUCUUGUUUACAUAUAGUGUUGCCUUGGCAACAAGUCAACAAUUUCAUUCAUAUUCGUUGGGGCAAUAGUCGUUUUAAAAGAACAAGUUCAACACCUACAAAUUGAUUUCGAUCUUUUUUAUUUCUUGAAUAUUUCAUGGAGGAUCCUAUUGUGAUGCGGCUCUAAUACAUAAUCCAAUACCCAACCACAGAAAAGACAUGCAAAAAUGAUUCGGAAAUGCCUUUACCCCGAAGAUAAUCCUCUAUGGCUUGGGAAUCAACAAGUUCGUCAUAGAACUGCGUGGUUGUCUUCUUCUUAGUCCGAGUAGCCAUGUCGGACUCAGAUGGAGAGGGGGUAGACGUGGAAAAGCAAGUGAAAAUCGUGAUUCUAGGGGAAACAAACGUAGGAAAGACGAGUUUGGUGAAGAGGUACUGUUACGAUGAGUUCUCAAGAUACUACACUCAAACUGUUGGUGCUGAUUUUUACCUGAAGAGGCUAGCUUUACCUGGAAGACACGAAGUUACCAUCAGGAUCUCUGAUGUUGGAGGGUUUGAGUUUAAAGGAUCCAUGUUGCCGAACUAUCUCUUUAAUACUGAUAUCAUAAUUUUGAUGUAUGACAUUACGAACUCUGUGAGCUUUGAGUAUUUGAUGGUUUGGCUCAACGAAGUGACUAAAAUCUUGGAGAAAAGACCUAUGGUUGCUGUUGUGGGAGGCAAAUGUGAUGUUGAGCACCAUAGAAACGUGAAAUCCGUUGACGUGAAGCGAUUUGUCGAAAACCAAAAAGUUUAUAGCUUUUUAGUGUCGUCAAAAACAGGAGAGGGGGUAAGUAAGUUAACAACUGUUUUUUGGAAUUGGUGGCCGCCCAUUUGGGCAUACCCUUGACGAAAAAAGACAAAGAAGAGCAGGAGUCCAUAGUGAGGGCAGAAAUAAUGCCACCAUCAGCUAGAAUACCUCACAAACCCGAAAAAUCUGGUUCCCAUAACAGCUCAUCUUCAGUCUGUUCUAUGCAAUAAAAUAAAACAACUUCUUGUACUUAUUUUUUAUUAAGAAUAAAAUCUCCACUUGGAAACACGA